UGCUGAGUUUGUUAUACACUGAGCCGGAAGUUUCCGCCCUUAUUGGGGUUUCUUGAGCAACCCGUGCAAGGUCUCUUCCUUUCUGUCCGACAUCUUUGAAAGAGCAGCAGCAUGCCACCUAAAGACGAUAAGAAGAAAAAGGAUGCGGGCAAGUCCGCCAAGAAGGACAAGGACCCUGUGAAUAAGUCUGGGGGUAAAGCCAAGAAGAAGAAGUGGUCCAAGGGAAAAGUGAGGGACAAGCUGAACAACUUGGUGCUGUUUGACAAAGCCACAUAUGAGAAACUGUGCAAGGAGGUCCCCAACUACAAACUAAUCACCCCUGCUGUAGUGUCUGAAAGGCUGAAGAUCAGGGGGUCUUUGGCAAGAGCUGCCCUACAGGAGUUGCUCAACAAGGGUUUGAUCAAACUAGUGUCCAAGCACAGAGCUCAGGUUAUCUACACCAGGAACACUAAAGGUGGAGAUGCGCCAGCAGGAACAGAAGAGUCAUAGAUUCUGGUUUCCCUGGACUUGGAUUUUUCUAUGUAAAUGUGAUUAAAGAAAACUUCUAAAUAAAA